CUCCAACCCUACAACCUACCGACCUCUGCUCGGUGAGGCUUUGAAAGCUGCUUUACUCACACCUCCAUAGGCGGAACUCGGAAAUUUGCUUGUUCGAGGACCCACACUUCAUCCAUAGCCCCCGGGUCAUUGUGUCGCCGCGUCUUCAGCGAGGGCCCUCAUUGAAUUUUCAUUACUAGACGAACAUGAACCUGCUCUCGCUAGACCUUGACGUCGUUCACGUCAUUCUAUCUGAGAUCAAGCCCACGGACGCCUUCAGGCUUGCGUUGACAUGUCGCGCGGCACACGAUGUAGCAUAUCCGCGUUUCCUGUCCGAGGUCGUCCUGGGUCACCCAUGGCGGCGGACAGGCCCCGACCGUCUCGUCCAGUUCUGUACAGCCAUGCUCGCCGAUGCGUCCCUGCGUAUUCUUCAUCUUCGCGAGUUGAUCAUCCACAAAACGGCCUUCCAGCCGACGCGCUCCACAUCGACUCAUAGCGUUCUGGAUUCCGCAGCCAUGGCAUUCCUCGCGGAAGUGCUCAAGUACGCUGUCAAUCUCCGAUCGAUAUGCAUCCAUGACACGGAGGAGCUCCUCGAGACAAUGCCCGAGUUUCGCUGGCCGCUUGCGUCGCUGCCGAACCUCCAGGACGUCCGGUUCUUGCACGCAGGAACCCGUGCCCUCGACGUGCUCGUUUCGUUCGGCAGCCAGCCCCGCCGGUUGGAAAUUGACUUCUCGGGGCUGCCCACAGACAUGGACGCCCCUCCGCCUUACAAGCACGAAGUCCUGCAGAAUCUCAUGCGGAACCUCGUCAGCAUGAAGCUAUCUCGCGUCGCAGGGAUGACGUUGGCGAUACCCGCGGAGCACGUCUGGCCGAAGGUGGAGCAAUUCGAGAUCUUCGGGGACCUCCAGAGCCUCCAAACCUUCGCCAGCGUCUUCCCUAACCUGCGCCGCCUGAGCUUGGUAUCUAGCUACGUCGAAGACGGGUUGCACCCGGUGUCUUGGCCAUACCUCGACCACGUCUCGACGUCCUGCCCGAUCCCGCUUGAUGGGCCCGUGCGGAGGAUGGAGCUCAUGUACGACCUCGACGUGCUCUUGGACUCGAUGCCGUAUUCGGUGUGGGCGCCUGGGACCAUGUCUCUACUUCAGAAGACGAUGCCGGUCGUGCUCGCGUGCUCCCCAAACAUGCAGAUCCUGCGCUGGAUCGCAAACAUAGUCAAGAGCGUGCGGGUCCUCCAGGUAUAUGUUUUUCAGCCGAUCCACCCGGACAACGCGGGCAUAGAGGACGUGGAUACUUGGUUGAAGUGUUACGUACCGAUACUAUCCGCCGUCCCGCUGGUAGCGUUCACCAUCGCGCGCGGGCUCAGCAAGGCUGUCCCCGCAGCAGAGCUAUCUAGGCUCGCUAGCUUCGCGGCCGCACAAAUACCGACAUUGAAAUACGUCGGGUUCAACCUGACGGCGGCAUGGAAGAGCCAGUCCGAGUGGAGCAACUGCGAGUACUCCUGGUACCGCGUCAUGCGAACCGAAGCAGCAGAUGCAAGCACGAAUCCUGCUGUGGUCGCCCUGUCGGACCUAGAGGGCUCUGUGGUGCACCAUCGUCUAGUAGAGACUGAGCGUACGUGUUCUUGAUGUCUGUCUUGUGUCUGUUUUUCUUGCGUCUUCUGUCGAUAUCGUAUAAUCGCUCAUACCAGAGAGUAAUUCUUUCUUUGUAAUUCAGCUUCGUAGACACGGUAUAAUGUCCGACACGUCGCUCGUAUUUCGGAUAGUCUGCCGUCCUCGUCGGCCGUCCAUUCGGUCUCAUUGUUUCCAGACUGAGGAUGUAACUGACCGAGGUCAGGUACUUCCAACAAGCCGUACACGUCCGAGUUUACAAACGGCCGACAAUGUGACUCCUUCUCGAAAGAUUUGACAAUGAGAGAGUCCUGUCCCCGCUC